AUGGCUAUGUCGUCUGUAUCAUUACGAAAGACUCGCCGUACCAGAUUUGUUUGCAUUAGCGACACCCAUAAUGCCACAAUUAAGCUGCCAAAAGGCGACGUCUUGAUCCACGCUGGAGACUUGACAAACCAAGGGAGCUACUCAGAACUAUCCAAGGCUACCCAAUGGCUAGAGAGCGCAGAUUUCGAGGUCAAGAUUGUCAUUGCCGUCGAAUGUUCGUCACUACUCACAUCCAGCCGCACAAUCACAUACCUUCGCCACAGUUCGGCAACUAUCCGGCUCAGUAAUCCGGCCGGGCCUAGGACCGAGUUUACGGUUUUCGGGUCUCCGUAUAGCCCCCGGAAUGGUCUUUGGGCAUUUGGCUAUGACCAAGACAGUGCUACUUCCGGAGCGCAAACGGUUGACACGAUCGGAAAAAGCGCGUCAGAAAUCUGGGCUGCUAUCCCGAGAAAUACUGACAUACUUAUCACUCACACGCCGCCUCGCAACCAUUGCAAUGGCGGUUCUGACCGCAAUAACCAAUUAGGCUGCGAAGAACUGCGGAAAGUAAUUGGGCGCACUCGCCCUCGACUUCAUGUAUGUGGCCAUAUUCAUCGGGCCCGAGGCGCUGAACGAGUGACGUGGAAGUUAGGCAACCCCGACUACGAAGAUGGCACAUGUGCUGAAGUUGCUGGCGUGGAAUACUGGGAAGACCCAAGCCCUGGUAGCCGGUCUGCAAAGAUCAGUCUUGUUGACCUGACGGAUCGCGGCGUAAAGAGGUCUCCGGAUCCUUGGCUGGCAUCAAACGCAGCGGGACUUGCUGAAGAAAAUCCAUCGGACAACUUCAACUCGCCACACCAGGCUGGAGGAGGCCUAAUUUGCCCGGCACUCUCCGGGUCGGAGUCGCAGCCCGCUACAAGGCCAAGCGAUCAGGCCGGGCAGGACGGCGAUCUUGGGACCAGGUCCAACCAAAGCCCCGGCUGUAGCCCGGGUACCGGCCCUCUGGGUUCCCAGGGAGCAGGUUCAGUCCAGGGUAACCCGGCGGAACCACCGGAUCGGAUGAGCCGGCGGGAGACUUGCAUUGUCAACUGCGCCAUUAUGGCCAGUAACUGGCCACACGCGGGGGGGCGGCGAUUCAAUAAACCAAUUGUUGUCGAUUUGGAUUUGCCGGUCUGGAGAUGAAAAGGCUCAGUUCUCCCUUUUUCAACAAGCUACAUUGGGGAUUGGCUACCGGUCAGGAGAGGAAUCCGGUCAGCUGACCCCCUAUCGCCAUAUGGGAGGUAAAUGCUGAUGUGUUGGCAACGCCCAAGUCGAUGCCCUGAUCGGUCGUCCACUGAGACCACUG